CCCCGCCCUCAAGCUAUCUCUCAGCUCUGCGCUAGUUCGCUAAGGUCACUGCUGACAUUCGGUCCUAGCUCUAACGUUCGAGGAAACCCAGUCAGGACAGGUCCACGACAGCACCAACCGAACCAAGCAGCAUGUCUCUGUCUAAUAAACUCACCCUGGACAAGGUGGACGUCAACGGGAAGCGGGUCAUUAUGAGAGUCGACUUCAACGUUCCCAUGAAGGACAAGCACAUCACCAACAACCAGAGGAUCAAGGCAGCAGUUCCCAGCAUCCAGUACUGUCUCGACCACGGGGCCAAGUCCGUCGUGUUGAUGAGCCACCUGGGCCGUCCUGAUGGGAACGCCAUGCCCGAGAAGUACUCGCUGGAGCCCGUCGUUGCUGAGCUUAAGACCCUUCUGGGCAAGGACGUCGCCUUCCUGAAGGACUGCGUGGGUCCAGAGGUGGAAGCCGCCUGCGCUAACCCCGCCGCCGGCUCCGUCAUCCUGCUGGAGAACCUCCGCUUCCACGUGGCCGAGGAGGGAAAAGGCAAAGACCCGUCUGGAAACAAGACCAAAGCCACCCAGGAGCAGACGGACUCCUUCAGGGCGUCUCUGUCCAAACUGGGGGACGUUUACAUCAACGAUGCCUUCGGGACGGCUCACAGAGCUCACAGCUCCAUGGUGGGGGUGAAUCUGUCCCAGAAGGCGGCGGGUUUCCUCAUGAAGAAGGAGCUCGACUACUUUGCCAUGGCCCUGGAGAAACCUCAGAGGCCCUUCCUGGCCAUCCUCGGAGGAGCGAAGGUGAAAGAUAAGAUCCAGCUGAUCAACAACAUGCUGGACAAGGUCAACGAGAUGAUCAUCGGCGGCGGGAUGGCCUUCACCUUCCUCAAAGUCCUCAACAACAUGGAGAUCGGUAACUCUCUGUACGACGAGGAGGGCGCCGCCAUCGUCAAAGACCUGAUGGCCAAAGCCGAGAAGAACGGCGUGAAGAUCACGCUGCCCGUUGACUUCGUCACCGCGGACAAGUUUGACGAGCACGCCGCCACCGGCACCGCGACCGUCGCUGGCGGCAUUCCAGCCGGGUGGAUGGGUCUGGACUGUGGACCAGAGAGCUCCAAGGCCUACGCCGAGGCGGUGGGCCGGGCCAAGCAAAUCGUGUGGAACGGUCCCGUCGGCGUGUUCGAGUGGGACAACUUCGCCAAGGGGACGAAGAACCUGAUGGACAAAGUGGUCGAGGUGACCAAGUCGGGCUGCGUCACGAUCAUCGGUGGGGGCGACACGGCCACCUGCUGCGCCAAGUGGAACACAGAAGAUAAGGUGAGCCAUGUCAGCACUGGAGGCGGAGCCAGUCUGGAGCUGCUGGAAGGUAAAGUCCUGCCAGGUGUCGAAGCCCUCAGCAGCGUCUGAACCUCACCAGCUGCAGUGUGUCGUGUGUUUGUGUGUGCGUAAGAAGAAAGUGGGUAGCUACUGAACAUGGCCAGGUCCUAUUUACUCAAACAUCCCAGAAGUGACACAAACGCACCUCGUAACGACCCCCGCAGCGUUUUCAUCCUCCGCAGGAGAGUCUGGGCUCCUCAGAUCUGUCGAUGACGAGCGCUCAGCCUCACGUCGACGCGCUGCUUUAAAGACAAAACUACCGCGGGCGGGGAGCCCUUUCCUUUUUGGCCUUUUCUCAACAAAAACCUUGAGGUCGAAGGUGAAACCUCAUUUCCCAGCUCCUCCUCUUUGUAAAAACAAACCUGCUGAAUGUGCAUUUCUGCUUCGACACGGCACCACCACUGUUCCUGUAUAUGUUGAAAGUGUUCUUGUUCCAUCUGUAGAUUUGUCUGUUUAAUCUGGUUAUAAAAUAAUAUAAUAAUAAA